UGAAAAAAUCAAUGUUUUCAUUUUCCAGUGACAGAGAAUCAUGGCAGCCGAAAAGAAAAUUUGCGAAGGGAAUGAAUGCAUUAACCAAGCAGAAAAAUACCUAAAAACUGGAUUCUUAAAAUGGAAACCUGAUUAUGACAGUGCUGCUACAGAAUAUUCUAAAGCAGCAAUUUGCUUCAAAACUGCUAAAGUUCUUGGACAAAGCAAGGACUGUUAUUUGAAAGCUGCCAAUUGUUAUGCACAAAAUCAUUCAUUCUUCUCGGCUGCAAAGAGUUAUGAGCAAGCUGCUUUGAUUUCAAAAGAUAUGCAGGACUUUAUGGGCUCAGUGCAAUUGAUUGAAAGGGCAUGUCAACUGUUUCGUGAGCAUGGAACCCCGGACACCGCUGCUUUGGCUCUGGAGCGAGGCGCAAAAAUGAUUGAAAGUCGUCAACCAGAAGUAGCUUUGGAUCUAUAUAAAAAGGCUGCUGAGGUUGUAAUGAUUGAAGAUAGACCUACUCAAGCUGCUGAACAUGUGGGUAAAGCUACACGACUUCUUCUUAAACUGAAAAGAUUUGAUGAAGCUGCUGAAAUGAUCAAAAAAGAAAUGGGAUAUCAUCUUUCAACUGAAAAUGCAAGAGCUGCUGGAAGAUUAGUCGUAGCAGAAGUUCUAGUCCAUUUGAUGAGAGAAGAUUAUGUUGCUGCCGACAAAGCUUUUAAAGAAGGCUACAACUACUGUGAACGAGAUGAAUGCAAUACUCUCAUGGACUUGUUGGAAGGUUAUGAUCAGGGAGAUCCAGAACAGCUAAACAGAGCACUAAAUAGUCCUUUUAUUAAGCAUAUGGAUGUUGAGUUUGCAAAAAUUGCAAGAUCUCUUCAAGUUGCAGAAACAGAAAAGUCUUCCAAGAAAACGGAGACAAAAGCGGCCCAAGAUGACGAAGAUGAUGAAUAUGCUGGUGGUCUUCUUUAGAGGAAUAAUGCAAUAGUACGAUUGUACAUAUGUAAAAUGCUGUAAAUUUAGGUUUUAUUUUUUAUUUGAUCAAGUUGUAAUUUUAUUUAAGCAUAUUAUUUAUAAUUAUUUUCGCAUGUUUAGAAACUCAGAAAUGUUCAUUAUCUCUCUAGUCUUUAAAUAUUACAGCAGUAAGAAAAAAAAUUCACUAUAUACAGAAAAUAUGUAAUGUUGUAGAACUUUGUUGUUCUGAUGUUUAUAUACUUUAAACAAAUGUUAUGUCGUAAAACGAUCAAUCUUAAAAUGCUUUUGAAACUUUUCUAUUAAAUGUUGCAAGAAUGUGAAAGAACCUACUCAACAUCCAGUUUCGAACAUAUCUGGAAACUAUCAGGAUAAUGUGGUAUCAUAACGAGGUUUAAAUUGGAAAAAAAAUAAAACCACAACUUCUUGUAUUAUUUGAAAAUUUAUUUUCAAUGUGAUAAAUAAAAAUAAUUUUGAAAUACACUUCAUUCACAAUAU